UUACAAGAAAUAUACGAAGAUGGCCAAAGCGAAACCGACACAGAAGUGAACUCGAAUAAAAACGGAAAUAAUCAAAAAGAAUCAGAAUCCAAAGGUGAUGCGAAAGAUGUCACUAACAAUGGCCUCAAUGGUGAAGCAGACCAGAACUCCAAUGUUCUCCAAAAAGCAGAUGAGGAUGACGAGAAAGAGAUGCAGUUGAAACUACAGCUAUUGAAAUCAUCGUGGUGCGGGCUUGUGUGGGGCCUCUCAGUUCUGGCCGAAGCGAGUAUUGGGGAACUGGAGAACAUCCUGCGAGCCAUACAGUGCCUCGCCAGAGUUAGUGGAAAAGUGGGUCACGCAGUAGGCCGCGACGCGUGCAUCAGCGCUCUCUGUCGUGCAGCCUUACCAGCUCAAUACUGCGUGCCAGCCCUGGGCGCGCUGCCGUGCCCCUGGCGAAGGGAGCCGCCGCCGCCGCCCGACCCCGACUACCGGCACCAGGUCGUCUGGGUGGGCACGCCGCUGCCGUCCGCCUCGCUGCCCACGGGUCAACAGCAGUCGUUCGUGAUGGUGACGUCACGCCACGUGACAGCUAUGAGGGCGCUGCUGUGCGCAGCGCAGCGCGACGGAGACACCAUCCAGCAGGCCUGGCUACCGGUGCUUACUACGCUGCAGCACCUGGUGUGGAUCCUGGGCCUGAAGCCGUCUACCGGCGGCAGCAUGAAGGCCAGCCGCGCGAGUGCAGACGCCAACGCCGUCAUGAGCACGUCUGCCGUCAUGGCCGACCUGCCUGGUCAGCAAGUCCCCGUGGCCGAGUCACUCGGAGUCAUGAGUGCCCUAUCGGCCAUGUUGUCCCGAGUAUUCGAGUCGUCAAAGAACCUGGAUGACGUGGCGUUACACCACCUAAUCGACGCGCUUUGCAAGCUGUCCAAUGAAGCGAUGGAGCUGGCUUAUUCUAACAGGGAACCAUCUCUCUUCGCCGUCGCAAAGCUAUUAGAAACUGGUUUAGCCAACAUGCACAGGAUAGAAGUAAUGUGGAGGCCUAUAACCAAUCACCUUCUGGAAGUUUGCCAACACCCCCAUAUAAGGAUGAGGGAAUGGGGAGUGGAAGCUAUCACGUACUUGGUCCAGGCAGCUUUCCAAUACCAUCACAAUAAUCCCAAUUUGGUUACUGAGGCUCGGCAGCGUCUCCUGCUGGAGCCCUUAGCAGAACUGUGCUCAGUGCGUCACUGUGACGUGCGCGCGCGUCAGUUAGAAUGCGCCGCGCGCCUGCUCCACUCAUUAGGAGACCAGCUCGGCGCCGCCUGGCCGCUCAUGAUGGACGUCAUCUCCGCCAUCCUGGACCACCACAGUGAACAGCUGAUCCGCUCAGCAUUCCAGUGCGCACAAGUGGUAGCCGGUGACUUGUUGGGCUGCGCUGGGCCUCGCUGUCUGCGCCGGGUGCUAAGCUGCGCUGCUGCCUUCGCUUCGCAGACCAAGGAGCUGAAUAUCAGCCUCACAGCUGUAGGGCUUAUGUGGAACAUCUCCGACUACUUGUACCACAACCGGGACAAGCUGGCGGUGGCGCUGGCAAAGGACGCGGCCGUGUGUCCCGAAGUGCCCAACCACGCCGAGCUCCCACCACUCGAUAAGCUGUGGAUGUGUCUCUACAUACGGCUCAGUGAACUUUGCACGGAACCCCGCGCUCCAGUGCGGCGCGCGGCCAGCCAGACACUAUUCAGCUGUAUCGGCGCGCACGGAACCCUGCUGAGCAAGCCGGCCUGGCGCGCCUUACUGGCUGUGCUGUUCCCAAUGCUGGACCAGGUUCAAAACCAGUCAAACAUUGCAAGUUCUGAGAAGGUGGAUACAGGCGAACACAUUCUCAUACAUCACACCAGAAACACAGCUCAGAAGCAGUGGGCAGAAACUCAGGUUUUAACACUAUCAGGGGUGUCGCGAGUGUUCCACUCCCGGUUCCAGCUGUUGACGACAGUUGGGGACUUCAACAGGUCGUGGGCAGCCCUGCUCGAAUACAUCACAGACUUCGCGCUACGGAGGAGUCAUGAGGUAUCAGUGGCAGCACUAAAGUCCUUCCAAGAGGUAGUAACAGCGGCAGGGCGCGCCGCAGAGAGCGACCCCUCGGGCUCCGGCGGCCAGCUGCAGCGCCGCGUGUGGGCCGCCGCCUGGGCCGCCUGGGGACACGUCGCCGCUGCCCAGGGGAACCACCCGCCAGUGUCAGAAGACGGCAAGCCGAUAGAAGUGUACGCGCCGUCUCUCAACUUCCUCACAACUCUUGUGCAGAUCUUCCCGCUCAUCUUCCAACAUAUUAGGCCUACGUUCACAGCAGCAGACGUGGAGAAGCUAGGCGAGUGCUUAUGCAACGUGUGCAGCGUGGAGCCAGCAGCGUCGGCUUUAGACGGCGUGGGCGGCGGGGCACCCGUGAGCUUGCACGCGCUGCACUGUCUCGAUACUGUGCACAAGGAGGCGCUGGUCCGCCACGAGCUGCUGCCGGCCAUGUUUAUAGCGCUGACGUCACUGGGCGAGGCGUGCGCUCGCGAGCCGCCAGCCACCGCGCGCUGCCUGGCCGCCGCCGCCGCGCUCUACCGCGCCGCGCCGCCGCCCAGCCGCGCCAUGCUGCCACGACUGUUACAGGCGUUGCACAAAUCAGUGAGGAACUGCAGCUCAGACAAGCGUCGGCGGAGCUCAGAACAGACGGAUGAGGCGAUGCAGAUCGCAAGUUUGCUGUUACAAGUAUUAGCCACCGCGUUACCGCUAGCGAGAGAGGAGCCCGAUGCGUACUUAGAGUUCUGGGAGACCCUACCGCCAGUUCUAGAGACGUUCAUGUUUGAAGCGCCCGUGGGUGGCACCCGAGCGGCGCGUGAACUAGUAGCACUUGUUCGCGAAGCGGUGUUGAGGCGAGGCGCGCCGGCGCCGCACGUUCGCCGCGUGCUCGCGCUCGUGCGAGCCGGCAGCGCGCACGCCAUGCCCGCUGCGCCCACCCAAAACGAGCAAGAACUCCGAGAGAGGGAAGAAUUCGCGCGGACGUGCUUCGAGACUCUGCUGCAGUUUUCCAUGCUCGAGGACAUCGACUCCUUGGAGGUUGAAAGUGAAACAGACCCCCUGGCCAUCGUGGCGCUGUUAGAUCGCUUCCAGGAAGUCAUAUCAAGGUACACGGUGGAUGAGGACAACACAGAACCUCUGCCCAGGCACCAACUGUCGGAGAUAUCGUUCGUGCUUAAAGCAGUGGCCACGCUGACUGAGUCCAUGAAGAAAGCGCCUCCCGGGAAGGUCGACGCGCUGGCGUGGCAGAAACUAAUAGGACUAUACCCAUCCCUAGUGCGUCUAGCAGCGAGCGCGCGCGCCGUUGGGGCGGGCGCCGCCCUGAGGGCCGCCCUGCUUCAGUUCGCCGCCCUACUGGCGCCGCCCGCGCCGCCCUAGCGCCGCGUGCUCUACACCAUACACAUAUAGAGCACGCGCCUCUAACGCCCCGGUGAGUCCCCGCCACACACCGCCCUGAGGGCCGCCCUGCUGCAGUUCGCCGCCCUACUGCAGCCGCCCUAGCGCCGCGUGCUCUACACCAUACACAUAUAGAGCACGCGCCUCUAACGCCCCGGUGAGUCCCCGCCACACACCGCCCUGAGGGCCGCCCUGCUGCAGUUCGCCGCCCUACUGCAGCCGCCCUAGCGCCGCGUGCUCUACACCAUACACAUAUAGAGCACGCGCCUCUAACGCCCCGGUGAGUCCCCGCCAUACCAUCCUCAACAUACGCCCCGGUGAGUCCCCACCACACACCGUCCUCAACACUCGCCGCCCUAGCGCCGCGUGCUCUACACCAUACACAUAUAGAGCACGCGCCUCUAACGCCCCGGACUGUCAGAGCUAUGACAUGACAUCGGCAGAGCGUUAUGAGGUUGCUGUCUAUGUGACAGAUAUAUUAUAUUAAAUACUAAAUAAUAAAUAUUAUUACCACUAGGGGAACAUGAAACUACUAAACACAUAUAUUGCGUAAUCAUUGGACGCUGUCUACAAUGCAUUAUUAUUGUUUUACGUUGAAUUCGAUGCUAUUUUUGUCCUCAAGGCUGAAAAACAGGAUAAAAUAUACGCUCAAAACGGCAGCAUAUAGAAAUAAGUCCCAUUAACAUGACUCAAAUGUUCCCAAUUUAACGUAGUUUAAAUAUUUUAUUACCAAGAAGUCGAUUUAUUUAUGAAAAUGUGAUUGAUAGUUUUUGUUCCCCUGGUACAAGUAGAUCAUGAUCAUUGACAUAAACAGUAUAGUUUUUAAAUCAUACUUUUGAAAUAUUUAUGACUGUGGGGUCAUACUGUUAUUCUAUAAAAUACCCACCAAUGUAAAGUGAUCAUAUUUAUCUUUUAUUUAGUUAUAUUGUUUAUGUGAAAGAUCAAAUAUAUUAUAUACAAGUCAACGCUAGCUAAACUCAUUCCUUUUUAUAGAAAAAAACAUAGAUUAUUGAUUUUUUAUUUGUAUAUAGAAGCGGUAAUUUCUUUUUUUACUAAAUAGCUAUUCUAAAUAAGAAAUCUCAUAUCUAAACAGACUUGACUACGUAUUAUUUUGUAUUGUUAUUGGUCUUGGAUGAGUUGUAUGAUAACAUUGUUUCAAAUUGCUGCUCCAAAUUAUUAAAAAUACAAUGUAAUACCAAUUUGGCCUUAAACAUAGCUCGAUUAAUUCAAAGCAAGUAAUAGCUGUAUCUUCACAUAGGUAAAUUCUAAAUAGGUAUUUAUAAUAAGACGAUGCUCACUCUCUAAUUAAAAUUGUGCAGACACACUAGAACUGAAGAUGGUAACAGUAAUUUGAGUAAAAAACAGAUGUGACCUACAGUAGAACCCUGCAGAACUCCCUUAAAUUUUAAGCAAACGAAAGGUGGAUAUUAAGUUCAAUCCAUACAAUACGAAUAUUAAAGUCGUAGAAAUUUCAUGUAUCACACUUUUAUACAUUACCUAAUUUACUACAAAAUCCAUCUUCACUUUUAGUUGUCUGUUGCAUACCAAGAUUGGUGAUAGCUACACGAAAACAAAAUUCACUAAUAGACGCGCCAAUUUCACUAAUAAAUAAAAUUAGUUAUUAUAAGAUAUUGAAAUAACGAAUUUGAAUGCAUUAGCGUGUUUGACAAAUAAAGAGUAGGUAGAAUAUAAAAUUUAGCGUUGCAAAGGCGUAGCGGUUUUGUAUCGAACAGAGUGAGUGCUAGUAGACGUUGUUACCGGUAAUUUUAUAAAUGUUUUGCAAUAACUUUGAAUAAGAUUUUUCUUACAUAAAUAUGUAUAAAAGUGCUUUGUAAACACUCGGAAGAAAUAUAAUUGGUUCAUUUGUAGGCAAAAAUUAAGACGUGUUUUAUUAAACAAUCAUCUUCGAAUUAUUUUAUAAAGUGCUGGCUACACUUUUCACUUACGUCAGAAACUCAAAUCGUAUCAAAUAACUUAUUUUUCCGAGUCACAGCCAUUUACAAAGCAUUUUUAUAUUCUUAGCUUAUCAUAAAAUAGUUACAGAUAAUUUUAUUGAAUAUUAAACGCAUUACAGAAAUGUGCAAUGUUUAUAGUAGCCAUAAUUUAGCUUUACUUACUGAUUUUUGAUCCCUGAUAAAAACUAGCUUUUGGAUAACUUUUAUUUUCUCUGUGGUGGUCAAACAUUUUAUACUUUUGCAGUGUUUAUAUUUGUCAGGGAUCAAUCAAGAUAAAUACUUUAAUAUAUUAAUUAUUAUAAGCUUCCAUUUGUAUUGAAAAUUACGUUUUUCUAUUAGUUUAGCGACUAAAUACGACAUUAAUCACAAUGUAAUAUAAUUACAAGUUAACAGUGUGCAAAUAAUAAUAUUUUUAAUUUAUUUGUUAACAUUCUUGUACUGGAGAUCUAAUACAAAGUUGUACAAUCUUCCACAAAAGGAAUGUUAACCGAAAAAGUAAGAUAUUAUAUCUUUUUCUUGUUACAAUAUUAUUGUUUAAAUAUACGUAAAUUUCUUUAAAACCCUGUUCAACAUUCACACAACUGAAUUGUUUGUUUAAUUGUUAAUAUUUUAAUUAUAUUGUUAUUUAAAUGAAGUGCUAUUAUGCAUUCCAUGACUUUGAUUUUGAAAUCAAAAUUAAUUCAUGAUGGUUUUGGCGUAACAAAGGAACUGCUAAUAUAUUUUUUUAAGUAAUAUAAUUUAAAAAAUGUCUUUCAAGUUAUUUAAAAAUUUAGUUUGAGAUGCGACUCUUAUCGUUAAAAAAUCUAUCAAAGUAACUUAAUGAUGUAUUUAAAUGAAUGAAUUUUAGUUUUGUAUAAUGAAAGUGCUGAUUGUGUGGAUGUUGUCAGCCAAAAGUUAUGGGGAAUCCACUCUUCUAUUUUAGGCAGCAAUUUGUGGCUUUCGCCGAUUUUCCCCGACAAAAAUCUGACUGUAUUAUAUUUGAAGUUGUGUUGUUGAUGAAUAAAUAAAGAAUUUGUAUCAUAA